AUUUAACUGGAAACGCUGCAAGCUGCCACACCGGAAGUCGGUUGCUGAUCAGUUAUCGAUACGCACAAUGAUGAAGGAGUCGGUUAAGUGGCUGUGCUGAGACAGGAAAGUGGUUGAUACGUUUAAACUGGUUUCAGUUGAUAUAAACUGGAAAACGAAGGACAAAUUAAAGAGUUUUGUGUUAAAGUGCAGUGAGAACACUUUCCCUCUGACUCCUGCUGAGCUGAAACUGUGACCAUGUCGAACAUUACGAUCAGCAUGUGUCUUUCUGAUGCCGACACCGCACAGAAGAGAAUUUCAAUAUGGGAACGAAACAAGAAGAAAGAGAAGAACAAGCGUAAAAAGAGAAACUUGGAUCAAAUGGGGUGUCUGAGACACGAACACAACCGGCACAUGGGACAGGCCAGACGUGACCGGACCCCACGCCACAAUGGAGCCCGCUCAAGGCGUCCAUCACCUCCCUCCUCCACCCAGAGCAGACGUUUACCUCGUCCAGGCAGUGCUUUCCAGAGUAGCUCCACGCCCUCAGCCUCCGCACACAGCCGGCCUUCCUUCACUGUGGACAGCAAAGGAAGCCACGAGAAGCCAAAGGAACCUGUGAACACAAACUCAGCAGCCGCCACCCCCGGGCCCUCAGGAUCCAGCAGCCGUAGACCCACCGCCACACCAGCAGCAAUGCCCUCUAAAUACCUCGCUAUCGACUGUGAGAUGGUGGGUGCGGGACCGAAAGGAUGCAUCAACCAGCUCGCACGCUGCAGUAUCGUGUCCUACGACGGAGAUGUGGUGUACGAUAAGUUCAUCAACCCCUCCAUGCCUGUCACCGACUACCGCACCAGGUGGAGCGGCAUCCGGUACAGAGAUCUCGUCAGGGCCACGCCGUUCUCCGUGGCCCAGAAGGAGAUACUGAAGCUGCUGAUGGGGAAGGUGGUGAUCGGCCACGCCAUCCACAACGACUUCAAGGCCCUUGGUUACGCUCACCCCGCCGCCCUGACCAGAGACACGUCCCGGAUCCCUCUGCUCAACCAGAAGGCCGGCUUCGCUGACAACGAGUGUGCCUCUCUGAAGAGACUCACCAAAGCCAUUUUCAACCGUGACAUCCAGGCCGGGAGGAAGGGUCACUCUUCUGUGGAGGACGCCAGAGCCACUAUGGAGCUUUACAAAGUGGUGGAGCAGGAGUGGGAGAGGAGGCUCGCCUCCUAAUCACAGGCCAGUUAGUGCCAGGUCCACGGAGACCACAUGGAAAUAAAUUGAGUUUAAAUGAG